AUGUCCUCCAUAGGACCCCAGCUACCACCCCACCUCGCAAAGCGCAAGCGCACACCCGACGACGACACGCCCGCAGACUCCCCUCCGACAAAAGUCCACGCCACCGAGAGGAGCGCGCGCGCAAACCAAGACGAGCUCGAUCUCGGAAGCGACAGCGACAGCGAUGACAACUACGGCCCCUCGGCGCCGAACCCUACCUCCCGGCCUACGGUAGCAGGCCCGGCAGCACCUCCUCCAUCCGGGUCGAUAGAACCUUUGCUCGCCCAUUCACAGACAGACGAGAUCGCCAUCGACAGCGAUGACGGCGGCGACGACGACAUCGGGCCCUCAGCGCCGCCCCCUCCCAGGAUUAGACCCCCGAUAGGCCCAGCCGGACCACCACCACCACCACCAACACCUCCAGGACCAAAUCGCAUCCACGGCCCAGCGCCACCACCCGCACCCCUAAACGAACGUCCCUCCCAGCCCGCCAACACCACCACCAAGACCGCCGCCUCAGACUCAGACUCGUCAGAAGACGACGACUACGGUCCCGCCCUCCCAACCUCGACCUCACACCACGCCCGCCAAACCGCCUUACACCUUGCACAAGCCCAAGAAGCCGCCGCCUCCGGCGCCCCAAAACGCGACGACUGGAUGCUAGCGCCCCCGACAUCCGGCGGCGGCUACCGCGAGGUUGACCCGACGAAAAUCAAGAGCCGAGUCUUCAAGUCCGGGCCGCGGGUUAGUGGCAGCGCGGGCGCGGCCGACGGCGAGAUCAGUAGCAUCUGGACCGAGACGCCGGAGCAGAAGCGCAAGAGGCUGGAGGCGGCCGUGCUGGGGCGGGACAGUUCGACUACCACGGGCACCUCGACCAGAACGACGUCGUCGUCACAGGGUGUUAGCGGCAAACCAAAAUCAAAAGAGGAGGCCGAGCAGCAGGCGCGCAUAAGGGACUUCACCGAGGCGACGCGGGGCCGGAGUCUGUACGAGGAGCACCAAGCGGCCAAGAAGGACAGCAAGGUAGAGAAAAGGAAGGGUGGGAAAGAGAAGGACAGUGGGGAGGAGGAAGAAGAAGACGACCCCAGCAAGCGCGCCUUCGACAGGGAGAAGGACAUGAAGCUCGGCGGACGCAUCGGCACCGCGCAGAGGCGGGAGCUGCUGAACAAGUCGGUCGAUUUCGGGGGCCGCUUUGCGAAGGGCAAGUUCCUGUGA